AUGUCGCUCCAACAGCUUUGGAGCAAGCGCAUGGCCCUUGCUGGAGUUUUGACAUGCCUCCUCUGGAUGACGGGCUACGUCUGCCCCUGGACCUCAAGAGAUCUGCACAGCCUGUGGGCGGCGAGGGCGAAGGAGUGGCUACGAAAUCCUGGUAUCAUCUCUUCCACCACGAGCUGCUGCAAGGAGUCGCUGAUCUCGAUCUUGACUUGGCUGAUUGACGCGUGGUACGUCGCAGUCUCUGAGUUGAAUCAGCUGGGGGACGAGGCCGUGGCUGUGACAGCCUUCUUCGUGCAGGUGAACAUCACUCCACUGUCUGCAGUGCUGACAUUCCUUACUUGCCUUGCAUGCACGGCAGUGAUGGCACGCUGCUUCUUCAGGUGCCGGACCAGGGGACAAGGCGAGGUGACGGCCUACGAUGCUGUCCUUGCCUUCGACUCGCUGGCACAAUUCCUGGCAACGGGAGAAAUCAAGCUGCUUCAGUUUGCCGGCUCCAAGUUUGAAGCAAUGCAGGAGCAGCGGGUCCGCAUCGUUGCCGUGGUGGGCCUAUUCGACAAGGGCAAGACCUGGCUGACGAAUAAACUCUUCGGGAAGAACCUCCCAAGUGGAAAGCUGUUCACGACCAGGGGGCUGAGCUUCCUGUGGGUUCCGGAGCGCCGGAUGCUUGUGCUGGACAGCCCUGGGGUACAAGGGACCGUGUCUUACAAGUCCCGAGAUGUCGAUGCAAUUCUCGACGCGCGGACAACCGAGUCGAUGAUGUUUGACAUGAUCUCCAGGAUUUCCCACCAUCUAAUCUUGGUUGUGAACGACAACACCUGGCUAGAGCAGGAAUACGCAGCCAUGCUUUUGCGGGUCUUCGGGGAGGGGCUCAUCGUGGUGCACAACAUGCGGAUGACUUCGUGUGCCCAAGAGGCCCAAGAGCUUUUCGCCCGCCAGAUCACGCAAUGCUAUGAAGGUGGGGCGUCCCAUAUGGGGAACCUGCUUUUCACUGCUGAGUUGGGGGAGUCGGCUUCCCCUGUGCAUCACGUCGGCCUGUGUCAAGAGAACACGAAAGCAGGACGGCUCUUCAACAAGAAGAACUGCGACUACCUGAUGCAGCAGCUCGAGCACCGCCACACUUUGGGCUCUAAAGUCGUCCUGGCCAAGCUGUUGGAAGCAGAGUUCACCAGGUUAGUCCCAAAGUUUUUCCUGGUGGAGACCGCACCCGAGCUCGACAAGGGCGUGCAGGAGCUCAAAGUUGAGUAUGAUGAGUACAGUGCGGUGCAAGGCAAAGAGCCUGAGGCAGAAGGCGACUAUGUGGUCCGCGGCGUGAUGAAGCUGGUGUCGCCACGGCAAGAUGCUCAAAUCGGAUUGAAAAAGCAAGGCGUCAUCUCGCGACUCGGGGAGAUUAUCGCGCAUGACGUCAGCUUCGAGCCUUGCGCAAACGUCUUCGACCAGCGGGUCGAGGAUGGCACGGAAAGGCUCAUCCAGAUAGAAUGCCCUGGGGUGAGCGAAGAGGACAUCGAAUGGGAGGAGCUCAGCAAUGGUGUGAAGGUCACCAUCAAGAAAGAGAAGCGCAUUGACGAAGCCGUUGUUCAGCCUGUGCAGCCCAUCAUGCAGAACCAUGGGACCUGGGUGCGCAACUUCGUCUUUGAUCACAGCGAUGGGCGCUUCGAACUGCGUGGUGCAGAG